UUUAAUUAUAGUUUCAAAAUAAAUCGCUUGGGUAUCCAAUUUUUUCGAUAUUUUUAGAUUCUUGGAGUAGAUUUUUCUAUUUUUAAAUUAAUAGGAAAGUAAAAAACAACUUCAUAACGCAUUAUUACUAAAUUUGUACCUGUAAUUAAUUCAAUAUUGUUGAAGAAACACGGAAAAUGCGACUGCCCACUUUAACUCAUUUUAAAAACUGGGAUAUUUUUGCGCUAUUUUUGAGCGUAAGGCUCUUUUCGAUAUUUGCAGUGCAGACGUAUUUUGUAGCUGACGAAUAUUACCAAUCUGUAGAAGUUGCUCAUAAGUUAGCCUUUGGAUAUGGCCAUUUAACUUGGGAAUGGUCACAAGGCAUCCGAAGCUAUGGAUAUCCCAUUAUUUUUACAAUAUUAUACAAAGCCCUUCAGUAUUGUGGGUUGGAUAAUAGUAUAACAGUUGUUUAUGGUCCACGAGUUUUACAGGCAAUAAUAAGUGCCUAUGCAGAUCUAUGUUUUUAUAAAUGGUCUGGCACAAAGAAAUGGGCUAUUUUUACGAUAUCCACUGCGUGGUUUUGGUUUUAUAUGGGAUCAAGAACACUUAUAAACACUUUUGAAACAAGCUUAACGACUAUUGCCCUAUCAAAAUUUCCUUGGCUUGGUAAAGAAGCAGAUGAUAGAGGUAAUUUUUUAUGGAUUAUUGCUCCACUCUUUGUACUGAGACCAACAAGUGUUAUAACGUGGAUACCUUUGUGUUUGUUUCAUUUAAUUAUUUCCGAGAAGAGUGUUUGGCGACUUAUUUUUACGAAAUAUCUACCAGUUGGGUAUUUAGUUUUAGCAGUUUCAAUAGCCAUAGAUAGUCUGGUCCAUGGUUCCCUUAUAAUAACACCCUACAACUUUCUUAAACUAAACGUCUUUGAAAGUAUAGCAUCUAAUUAUGGCACUCACCCGUGGCAUUGGUACUUAUCCUCUGGACUGCCUGCAAUUUUAGGAAUACAAAUACUUCCUUUCAUAAUGGCCAUACUGAUUAUUCUAAAAGCAAGGAAGAAUCAUCCCAACGAACUAGUGUUGCUUGCCACUAUUGUUUUUACUAUUUUUGUUUUAAGCUUUUUACCUCAUAAAGAGUUCAGGUUUAUAUUGCCCUUGUUGCCAAUAGUUUUGUAUAUUUCAUCAAGAUUUUUGGCUGCAUGGAGUAGAAAAGCAUCAAUGCUUUCAAUAUGGCUAGUUACUGCCAUAAUUUUCCUGGGAAAUGCGAUCCCAGCAUGGUACGUGGGUUACAGUCAUCAGAGAGGGACCCUAGAUGUCAUGGAACCAUUAAGUCAUAUUGCGAAGGUCGAUCCUAACAAUACCAGUUUUCUGUUUCUAAUGCCAUGCCAUUCAACGCCAUUAUACAGCCAUCUUCAUGUUAAUGUGUCAACUAAAUUUUUGACUUGCAACCCAAACUUAAACAAAAUCCCAAACUAUGUGGACGAGGCCGAUUUGUUCUACAAAAAUCCUAAUGCGUGGUUGAGGAAUAACUACCCUCCAAACUCGAGUUUGCCCUCGCAUAUUAUUUGUUUUGAUAAUUUGGUACCUUUAAUUGGAAGUGAUAUUUUAACAAAGUACAAAAAGAUUAAACAAUUUUUCCAUUGUAACAUACCAGUUAGUUCAAGAGUAGGAAGAUACGUAGUACUGUAUGAAUAUGACGAAUACGCUCAAUUGUAGUUAAGAACAUUAUUUUUUAUACAAUUUGUUAUUUAAUGUUUUUUUUUAUUCCUUUCGAAUUUGGUUCUUAAUGAAAAUUAACUAUUUUCAUUUUCACACUAUAGAUUUGUAUUUGCUUUUUUUCUCAAGUACAAUUUGAUAAAAAAAGCAGCGUCAGCGAUGGCAAUGAAAUGAAGAUCGUUGUCAUUUUAUAUGUAUAAUUAUAUGGGGAAUGUCAUCGAUCGUCAUUUCCAAGCCAACUGGACGCCGUUUUUUUCGGUCACAAGGUACUUUAUCCAGUGCUAUUUAAAUAAAAUUCAUGUACCGGGUGUUUUACAAAAGUGGUUCACCUCUAUAACUUUUUUAUUUUUUAAUAGAAAAACGAGAUUUGGUAGUAUAAUAAGGAGCUUUGGAGAAGUAUUUUUUUAGAAAAAAUAAUAUUCGUUCUGUUCAGAAUGUCAUUUUCUAUGAAAUUAAAUAAAAAAUACCGAGAGUAUCAUUUAAAA